GGUUGGAGUCAGAUCAGCCCUGUAAUGGUCUCUGGUUAUCAGCUGCUGUUCGCCUCCUUUAAGUGGCAAUGUUACCUUAUAACCAUGUUCCAGCCAGGGCUAAUAGAGGGGCUGCAGCAAUGGUAACACUGUGGCCAAGCUGCUAGCUUCAGCCUAUUUACAGCAAAGCGCGGGGACAGCCGCCCCUUUAGCACCUAGGUGUGUGUGUGUGUGGGGAGGGGGGGUUACAUGGAUUUAUUAUCUGCCCAGGAAGAGGUACAUCAUCUGUCUAUAGUCAACUGCUUGCAAUGCUUUUGGGGGCUGGGUGAUUAAGGGCAAGAUUUUGUCUAAAUCUGACCAGCUCUGCCUGCCAGGAGGGGGGGAAAAAGCAUCUGCCCUACUUAAAACAAACAAACAAACAAAAAAUCACCACUAGGAGUGGAUUAUUUUUAUUGGCUGGAAUCAAGAAAGGCGGGGGGGGAUUGGACCUUGACAACAACAUCACCUUUAAUCAUAAUACAAUUAUUUCUCUGGAGAGAUGAAGAAGUUUUUUGACUCUCGUCGAGAGCAGGGCGGUUCUGGCCCUGGUUCUGGUACCAGUGGAGGAAGUGGCAGUAAUACAGUGGCAGGGAGUGGGUACAUUGGUAGGGUGUUCCAUAUUGGAAGAUACCAGGUGACGGUGGAUGAAGUGCUGGCUGAAGGUGGAUUUGCUAUUGUGUUUCUGGUGAGGACUAACAAUGGGAUGAAAUGUGCCCUGAAACGAAUGUACGUCAACAAUGAGCACGAUUUGCAAGUCUGCAAAAGAGAGAUUCAGAUCAUGAGGGAUCUAUCUGGACACAAGAACAUUGUUGGAUACAUUGAUUCUAGUAUAAACUCAGUGAGCAGUGGUGACGUGUGGGAAGUCUUGAUUCUAAUGGACUUUUGCAGAGGAGGUCAGGUGGUGAACCUGAUGAACCAACGCCUGCAGACGGGAUUCACAGAGAAUGAAGUCUUGCAGAUCUUUUGUGAUACCUGUGAAGCUGUAGCAAGGUUGCACCAAUGUAAAACGCCUAUAAUCCACAGGGAUCUGAAGGUUGAAAAUAUCCUGCUACAUGAUCGUGGCCAUUAUGUCCUGUGUGAUUUUGGAAGUGCCACCAACAAAUUCCAGAACCCUCAAACUGAAGGAGUGAAUGCAGUAGAAGAGGAGAUCAAGAAGUACACCACAUUAUCCUAUAGAGCACCAGAAAUGGUCAACCUGUAUAGCGGCAAACUUAUUACUACAAAAGCAGAUAUAUGGGCCCUCGGUUGUUUACUGUACAAAUUGUGUUACUUUACUUUACCAUUUGGGGAGAGUCAGGUGGCAAUUUGUGAUGGAAACUUCACCAUUCCGGACAACUCUCGCUACUCCCAAGACAUGCACUGUCUCAUACGAUAUAUGCUUGAACCAGACCCCGACAAGAGACCUGAUAUUUACCAGGUCUCCUACUUUGCAUUCAAGUUAACAAAGAGGGAGUGCCCCAUCCCAAACGUACAGAAUUCUCCAAUCCCUGCUAAGCUCCCGGAACCAGUGAAAGCUAGUGAAGCAGCUGCAAAAAAGAGCCAGCCAAAAGCCAGGCUGACUGAUCCCAUUCCUCCAAUGGAAACCUCCAUAGCUCCACGUCAGAGACCCAAAGCAGGACAGACACAACCCAACCCUGGAAUUCUGCCUAUUCAGCCAGCCCUCACCCCUAGAAAGAGGCCCACGGCCCAAGCAGCCAUCCAGCCACAAGUUGCAGGCCCUGCUGCUUUGGGUGGUGGUCAGCCCUCACUUCCUGCAAGCGUUCAGCAGCCCAAAGCGCCACCUCCGCAAACUCAACCACAGCCUGCCCCUCAGCCCCAGCCCAAGCAGCCGCCCGCUCCUCAGCAGACCCCAGUAGCCCAGCCGCCAGUCCCUUCUACUCAGCCGCAGGCCACGCCUCAGCAUCAGCAGCAGCUCUUCCUGAAGCAGCAGCUACUGCAGCAGCAACAGCAGAUGAUGCAAGCUCAGCAGUUCCAAGCGAUGCAGCAGCCAGCCAUGUCGCAGUUUCAAGUGAUCCAGCAGGGAGCGCCGGCGCAGCAGCAACUGAUGCAGAACUAUUACCAGCAGCAGCUGAUCGCGCAGCAGGCAGCCAUGCAACAGAAGACAACAGUAGUGGCGGCUCAGCCAAAGCAACAGGCUCCAGUGCCGCAGCAGCCACAGGCUGCAGUCCAGCCAGCACCUGUGCAGGAGCAAGUGAAGCAGGCCCCAAUAAGGCAACAGCAAAAGCCUCAAACGACACCGCCUUCAGCUGUUCAGGGGCAAAAGCUGGGCUCCCUCACCCCUCCGUCCUCCCCCAAGACGCAGCGCGCGGGACACAGGAGGAUUCUGAGUGACGUGACGCACAGCGCGGUUUUCGGGGUCCCAGUCAGCAAAUCUACCCAGCUCCUGCAGGCAGCUGCUGCCGAGGCCAGUCUCAACAAGUCCAAGUCUGCAUCCACGACACCGUCUGGCUCCCCUAGGACCUCACAGCAGAACGUCUACAAUCCACCGGAUGUCUCCACGUGGAACCCGUUCGAUGACGAUAACUUCUCCAAACUCACAGCAGAGGAGCUGCUGAACAAGGACUUUGCAAAACUGAGCGACGGUAAACCUCCAGAGAAGCUUGGCAGCUCCACAGAGAAUUUGAUUCCAGGCUUUCAACCAGCUCCCUCUACAACACAGGCAGAUGCUUUCGGUUCUUCUUCCUUUACAGCUGCAUCAGCUGAAAAAACAAAAGACAUCCUGAGUCUGGACACUAGCCCUCCGCUUCUGGCUGUGCCUGAUCCUUUCAUUCCUCUUCCGUUAUCCGACACACCAGAAAAACUGAUUGAGGGUCUCAAAUCUCCCGAGACUGCGCUUCUGCUCCCUGAUAUCCUGCCUCUAGCUGACCCCUUCGGUUGCACCUCUGAUGCUGUGAAUGGAAAAGAUGAUAUACCUGUUGAGAGUCUCAUACCUGGCCUGGAGGCUCCACUGCCCCAGCACCUCGCUUCCCAGACCGACUCAGUUGCUUCUAACAGAACAGACUCUCUCACUGGGGAAGAUUCUCUACUUGACUGCUCUCUGCUUUCUAACCCCGCUGCUGACCUCUUGGACGAGUUUGCUCCUAUAGCUAUUUCAGCUCAAGUUCACAAAGAAGAUACUAAUCUGAUAUCAGGCUUUGAUGUUCCUGAGGGCUCUGAAAAGGUGGCAGAAGAUGAGUUUGACCCUAUCCCAGUGUUGAUAUCCAAAAAUUCACAAGGUUUGCAGAGGGAACAAGUUGUAUAUUCUGUCCUAACCACUGAGCACAGUAAACUGCCUGCUGCUACCGAUGGACUUCCUCUGUACAAAGGCCAGCCUGAGAUGCUUGAAGUGAAUACUCAGCACAAUUCAGAAUCCGAUUACUUUGCAAGAGAUGGGCCUUCAAGCAACAGUUCUUUCCACAGCAGUGAGGGGGAGGGGACAGACCAUGAGGUGGACAUCUUGGAUUGUAGUGGGUCCAGGCCUUUACUUAUGGACUCAGAAGAAGAAGAGGAGUCCAGUAAGUUGCAAUCAACACUCAAGGAAAGAUUUGUGGCUUCCAAAGAAGAUUCCAAGCCCCAGCCUUCCCAGAGGGGUAUGGGGAAAGCUCUGUUUACAGCCUUUAAGCAGCACUCCGGAGAGAUUUUCAAUGAGCCAGAUGUCUUUGCCACGGCUCCUUUCCGAAGCUCAAGAAUAGUGCAUGAUGAGUUGGACAUCUUUACCAAAGCUCCCUUCAUCUCCAAGAACAAUGUUCCUGUCAGGCAGCCAGAAGAGGCAGAUGUAUUCCUAAGUGCCCCUUUCACAAAAAAGAAAAGCUUGGAAGAGUUGACUUCUCAUAACAUUUCUAAGGAGCCUCACUCUCCAGCCUCUUUCCUAGGUCAAACUGGUGAUGUCCAACAUGUAGAUAACUCCAAGUUCCAAAACUUGGAUACAGGAACAUGCGGAUUGUCUGUCUCAUCUAGAGCCCAAUACUCCAUGGUAGGGUUUAUUCAGUCAGCCAACCUUCCGUCUCAUUCCAUAAGACCAGUGGAGACCCAAGAAGGCAUUUCUCCCAAAGCUACAUUUAAAGAUCUUGGUGGCAUUCCUAAUGAUAAAAACCAAGGACAUGCACUCUCCCAAGAAGCCGUCUUGGGUUCAAUGGUUAGUAAGCCUUUCCGUCCACAGUCUCUAUCAAAGUAUUCCCGUCACUACAGUCCGGAAGAUGGGCAGGGUCUGGAAGUCCAACCCAUAGCAGCAUACAAAGUGGUUUCUCAGACCAACAAACAGGCUAUCGCAGGAUCUGUCUCUAUUGCUUCUCUGUCUUCCAGGACUAAAGAGCUACCCAGUGUUGACCCAUUUGCUUCAGCACCCUUUCCUUCCAAAUCAGGAAAGCAAAAGCCUUAAACAGUCUGAGAGAAAUGGGGGAUGUGCAUUUCUCACAGGACCUUCAAUCUCUUAGUUGAAACAAGCAACCAUAGCAAUAUAUAUUUUUGUUCAAAACUCCAGUUGCGGUGAUAGUUAGUUCAACCAUUUUAAGUUAUGUUAGAUAGUUUCAGGAUAUUGAAUUCCAGGCUCUGGAGGUUUUUCCCAUCCUUUUUUUUAGUUGCUAUUUUUCCCCAAUACUUUUUAGAUUCUUAUUUAAACCAGUAAUAUUCCAUAUUUUCUGGCUUCAGUGUGGGGAAAUCCAUUGGAGAUAAAAUGAAUUAUCAUUAAUACUAGCAUACAGUUAAGAUGCCAGAGCAGAUCAAUCAGGACAAGCUAAUGCUCUGGAGAAGAACUGAGUUUGAAGUAGAAAGGUUGUCAUGAUUUUUUUUUUUUUCUUACCAAGGGGAAUUCUGGAAGAGACCAAAGGACAACUCUUCCCAACUGUUAAUGUCAUCACAAAGCCAGGAACUGUAGAUUGGCAACUUGAUGAACUGUGUGUGUGUGUGUGUGUGUGAUAUAGAUCAUAUGCACGUGGAGUAAAAUUGACACGUGCCACUAGUCCUACCAUGAGACCUACACACCAUGGAAGUCCUGUUUUAAGUUAUUGCAUAGGCCUUGUGUUGGCCUUCUUGCCUAUAAGAAGUUUUCACUCAUUGCAGAUGUAAUAGGCAAUUUUCACUGCCUGCAGGUGUAAUACAUGAAAAUGUAUAUCUUUCUUUGGGCAUGAUCCAAAACCAGUUGAAGUCAAUGGAAAGACUUCAAUGAGCUUUGGAUCAGCUCUUUGCUUUGCUGAUACUUCCAUACAUGCGUACCUAGGACCUGAUCACAAUCUUUCAGACACAUUCUUCCUGUCACAUUUGGCUACACUCUAGAAAUACCAUGAUCCUACUGUGUUACUAAGGAAAAGGACAGUUGCUUAGUAUUUAUAAUAUAAUUUAAAAUGUUAGUGUAUCACACUUGAGUUUAGAGGAAAAUGUAGUUGUUUAGUGUGGAAGUUAAUUGCGAUAUUUGUCAUGUGUUACUGUUGGUGGCUGAGCAGGGGUACAGUUGACCUCCUUAGGAAUUGUUAGUCUGCCCCCAUGUCUUUUCGCAAAGGAAGGAAAAAGGCAAGUAUCCUUGAUUAAUAAGCAUCCAUAUUUAAUGGCAAGUACCAGGUAGCAAAACAGUCCCUGCCAAAUCAGUUGGUUUUUCAAGCUAUUUCACCCCAGAAAACACUUCUAAACGUCAGACUGUAGGGAUGCUUUUGACUGCUGACCAUUAAUAGUGCUGUCCUUUUUUUAAAAUGUCAUCUGGCAUAUCCAGAGAAGCCACUCUCCUAGUGAACAUCCUAGAAGAGGGCGAUCUCGGGAAGGUCUCCAUGACAGUCUCAUUUUCUAAGGACCUGAUCCAAUGCCUAUUUGAAGUCAAUGGAGACAGUCCCGUUGACGUCAGUAGUCUGUGGAGCCGGCUCUUAAAAGCGUAGCUAUGACUUUGUUCCCAGUUUAAUUUGACAACUUAAUAAUAAAUGGCCUAGAGCUUUGCACUGAAAACGAAGAGAAAAUUCUGCCCUUGGUUACACUCGCAACAUCUCCUUGAAUUCUCUGGGCUUAGGGCAGGGUUGGUUUGCCGAGGUUUUAAAAGUUUGUAAAUAGAUAGUGUGGGACUGGUGUUAGGUUCUGCCAUCUUACAAGAUGGGCACGUGCUCCUAGAAACUGUUGUCUUUUAGCUUUAUUGAACGGAGUAUGUAGCGGGGGUUCUCCUCUCUCACUGGUGUCAAUCAGGGCAUGACUUGUAAAUCCAGCAGUCUCUCACAAGUGUAAAGCUGGUGUAACUGAGUGUAGAAUCCGGUCCAGUCACGUAAACAUGAGACUUUCCAGUCUCACCGGAAACUGCUUUGCAAAAACUCAGACCUAUGACGUUGAGCUCCCAGGUGCCCAAAUAACUGCUCAAGGAACAUAGAAUGCACAUUGAAACUACAUAUGAGCAGAUCUUUGCUAUGCAAAGCAAAACAUUUAGUCCUACAGCUCACUGUUAACAUCACAGCCAGAGAGAGCAAAUUAGAACAAACUUGUCUGCCACCAAAUGGGAGAGGAUUAAUGAAACACUGUUCCUCUUCCCCUGCCCAACCCAUACUGCAGUCAGAGUGACACGAUCCACAUUUUGCUGGUGGACUUGUGCAGCUCUGACUUUAGCAGGGCUGUACGAAUGUAACCAAGGGUAAAGAACUUGACCUUAUGUGUUUAAUACUCAGGUAGGGGAGGGAAGAAUACUUGAAAAUAAGGAGCAUAGAUUGCUGGUGGUUGGUGACAUGGUUAGCCUAGCUCAGGUUAAGUAGAACCUCUUUUUUGUUUUGUUUUUAAAGGUGGGCAACUUCCUGCUGCUUGUCCGUUAUGUUUCAAGUUAGAUUUUGUAGCUCUGUGGUGGUAGCGGACCUUGUCAGCCAUCCUAGAAAAUGAAGUACUGUAGGCCCGUUUCUGAGUUUCUUGGAAAUAACAUUUUUUCCCAACUAAACUGAGGAUAUAGUUUGUGUGUGGGUGGCUUGGUUGGUUGAUUUUUAAAAACAAAAAAAUAACUUCUCAAAUGCGUUACUGCUGGAAUAGAUGAAUGUGGAAUGCCUGGAACAUCUGCGAUGUCAAACUGUGAAAUACAAGGCAUACAGAUGAGGCUUAGUAUUCGGGCCCAGAUUCGUCCUUGCACUUCUGCAAUCCCCUGUUAUGGUCACUUGCGGAACCUGGAGACAGAACUUUGCUCUGAACUGUUAAUUUCACUUGGUGAGGUAGUGGAGGGAAGGAAAGAGAAAUCUAGAUACUAUGGGAUUGAAUAUGGUGUAAAUGAGGAGCCACUCCAUGGAAAUAGUUACACCAGCAUAAAUGGGAUGAGAACUGGACCCAUUGUCUCUGAUAACUGGAUUCCCAAACCUAGGUCCUUAUCUUUUUUUUUUCUUUUAAUGGCUGUGUCCAUAUAUUUUUUGACUUGAAAAAGUUACUACAGAGCUCUGUUGCUCUAAUGUCUGUUACUUGGAAUGCUUGACUUUUUGUGAAAAGUACUGAUGGAAAAGUAUUGGCAAAUCCUUCUUCAGACUCCUGCUAGGAUCCAGCUCCUUGCUUUCUUGCCAAUUAGUGUCCAUAAUGAAGACCUGAAUUGCAGGUAAUUCAGAUCUAGCUAUCUUACACUGCCAGGCAGGAUAGAAAGGGAGAAUGGGAAAUGUACAGUAGUUUUGACAGAUGAGCGUAUUUUCCUCAAUUUCUUUAUGUAGGUUUGUUAUGGAUUGAAUUUUCCAACCAAGACGUUGACAGUUUUUAUGAAAAGCAAGUUAAAAUUGUGCACAAGAAACUAACAAUCCUGCUAGUAAACCCAACAGGUGAAUAGUUUAACUAUGUACAGGAGCACUCUGUUCAGAUGAGUUCAUUUUGCUCAGUCUACCAAGUACUGGAAUUUUGCUUAUGAUCAGAAAACUCUGAAAAUUAUAUCUCAUUGCCCUGUUAAUCUGAUUUUUUUCAGAUCAACUCUUUUCCCUCCCCCCACCUCUCAAGUUGCCAGCAUGACAACCUCAACCUGACCAAUAAAAAAUGGAGUUGUGAUCUCCCUAUACAAUCUAAAGUUCACUGUUUUUAAUGCAUUUGGCAGAAUGUACUAUGGAGCUUCUGGGUUUUUUGGCAAUCUUGAUUUCAUAAGGCUUUGACUUUUUUACUGUUCACUAGACAGAGCUACACAAUACAAAUACAAUUUAAACCACUUUUCUGAACAUAAGCACAACUUAAAAAGUUCUGUUAAAUUUCUUAUUUCUGCCACUUCCCGGUAGCCAUUAAAAUUGAAGCAAUCGGUUUUCUGUUUUGGCUCUGGCCAAAAAUGAUAAAGUUCCCUUUUCAGAAGCAACCAAGACCUGUUGAAUUUCAAGGACCGUAGUCUCCUAAGAUACGUGGUGCUUUUGAAAAUAGCACCCCUUCCAGUUUCACAAUUGGAUUGAUGCAGACCGUGCCUGCCUGGAAUCCCAUCAAGGUCACUCGUUUAAGGGCCCAUCUGCACAAAAUAGGGUCUUGGUGAACUUCCUGGUUGGCCUUUAGCAAUUGCAGAGCAAAGCGCUCUCUCUAAGCUCUGCAACUCAGUGGCUGUUCCUAAUUAACUUUCUAGGAAGGAGGAGAAAACUCCUCCCUUCAUGAUAGCAGCAGUAGAAUGAGGGGAGGCCAUUUUUGUUCUGAUUCUCGUUCCUCCCACUUCCUUCCCCACCUUGAUAUUAAAUAUACUACAAGUGUCAUCCCACAAAUCACAUAAGAUUUCUCCUAGUUGUCCCCCCUUUCCAAAUGCAGUCACGGCACAGAAAGAACUCAAAUAUAAUUUCAUCCUGCUGCGCUGACAAAUACCAGUCAGUCCUGUGACAAUCUUCCGCUUCUGUAAUUCUCAAUUGUGGAUGUGGUGGAGUCGUUUCCCAGUUCGCUGCCAAUUUAAAUUUGAGUUUGGUUAAACCCUUUCCUUUGGAAAGGCUUAAUCAGAGCUUCUGCACGCACAAAUUCAGGCCAGGCAAUCAGCUCAGCUCUGUGCAUCUCACUCCCUUUGCAUUUUUACAAUGAUCAUAGCCAUAAGAGCUGCUUUCAUAUUAGCCUGCAUCUUCUUUAUCUUACUGCUCUAUUUCCAAGACUCGUAACUGCAUCUGCUCUCCCUUCCAGCCAGCUCAGUACUAUGGUAUAUGUGAUAAGUGUUGAGUUUACAAUCUUAUUAUCUUGAAGCCAGUGUGCACUCAAUCUGCAAUCUACAGUAUGCAUGGAGCACACAGAAGAUCCUAAACUUGCAAGAAACCCAUGUAACCAAUCCCGAAACUGUAGCGGGGCAUGUUUUCAGCUACAUUUAAUAUAGCAAGUUUAUACUGAAUGGGCUCGCUAUAACUGUGAGACUCCAAAUCACUCCAAAGUGGGAAUCGGUUACAUUAAUUCAGCUUCCACCAAAGACUGUCAUGUUGGAGAGUUGGUUAUUGUUUGGGGUUUUAUUUAAAUCCAGGCCUUUUUAGAACACUCAAAGACUCCAAAGUAUUUUUGCUCUAGGUAUUUUCACUGUGUAAUCUUGUUCUGCUUUUGAAACACAUUCCUGAAUUAUGAUCAGCUGUGGUGGUGAUCCUGCUAAACCAUGGCCUUUAGUUUUUGUUGUAUGUACUGUAAAUGCUCUACUGUUACAAUAAAUAUAGACUUGCCACCUGUGAAAUUAGAGGGGUAAUCACUGAUUACUUCCCCAUCCCCCCCAAGAAAGAAAGAGAGAAAAUAGAAAAAGGGAUUAAUAAUCUUAUGCAGGUGUAGGGAGGGUAGAUUAUGUUCUGGCUGAGGAAGCCUGAUGAGAAAAUAUCCAGUGGAUCUGAAUGAGGCAGAUUCCACUAAGCAUUGACUAAGAUAGUGAAAGACACUCUUAAUGUCACAGAAAGCCUGAGUUGGACAUGUCAGAUAACUGGGAAUACAAUCUGUGUGCAACUGUAGGCUGUGUAUUGUAAGACCAGAGCUUCAUUCAAAUCCCAUCUUUAUUCGGGUGAAAUCAGAAUGGUGUUGGAAACACCUCUGCCUGGCAGACUAUCAGAGUCCUGUUGCACUCCAGGUGUGAUUCUGCUAUGUUUCUGAGAGUCUUGAUGAAGAAAUGUUAAAGCUGUAAACUUAUGUACAUCUUAUUAAAAACCUUAUCUGAAUAAAAUGCA